AUGCGGGCGGUCGGUGCCGCCGCCGCCUGCGGGGAUGGCCGGGACGAGGCCGAGCGGUGCCUGGGCCCCGCGGGGCGGCUGGCGGCCGCCGUGUGCCUGGGCGCCCUGGGCAGCCUGGGCUUCUGCAGCAACCUGCUGGUGCUGCUGCUCUUCUGGCGCUUCCCGGCGCUGCGCUCCCCCAUCAACCUGCUGCUGCUCAACAUCGCGCUCAGCGACCUGCUGGGCUGCGCGCUGGGCACCCCGCUCGGGCUGGCCGCGGGCAACGCCGCCGCUCCCGGGGCCGCCUGCGCCUGGCACGGCUUCGCCACCGCCCUCUGCGGCAUCAUCUCUCUCAUCUCCCUGGCUGUGCUCUCGUACGAGCGCUGCUGCGCCAUGACGAGGACAGCAGAGCCUGACACCACCAACUACAGGAAAGCAUGGACAGCCAUCAUCCUGUCCUGGACAUACUCCCUGCUCUGGACUGUUCCCCCACUGCUUGGCUGGAGCAGCUAUGGGCCAGAAGGAGCAGGGAUAACCUGCUCUGUGAACUGGCAUUCCAGGGAUGCCAACAACGCCUCCUACAUCAUCUGUCUUUUCAUCUUUUGCCUGGUAAUCCCGUUUGCCAUCAUUGUCUAUUCCUAUGGCAAGCUGCUCUGUGCUGUCAGACAGGUGAGCAGCAUGCCCCGGGGGCCGGGCCGGGGCCGGGAGCAGCGCAUCCUGCGGAUGGUGAUGGUGAUGGUGCUGUGCUUCCUCCUCUGCUGGCUGCCCUAUGCAGCUGUGGCACUCCUGGCCACCUUUGGGCAGCCUGGGCUCAUCACCCCCGCAGCCAGCAUCAUCCCAGCCAUCCUUGCCAAGAGCAGCACUGUCUACAACCCCAUCAUCUACGUGUUUCUGAACAAACAGUUUUACAGGUGCUUUGUGGAGCUCCUGAGGUGCAACAAAUCCCCCCAGAGCUCCUUGCCCAGGCUGAAAAAGCAAGAACAAAGGUUCCCCCCAGGUUCUGAAGAGCUUCUGCCAAAGGCCAGCCAUGCCCAAAAGAGUGAUCCAGAGCGUGGUGCUGUAGGAGGGCUCCAAGAAACAAGCUGCAUGUGAGGAGAGGAGGCACAAGGCUCUCCAGGAGGGAAUGGUCAGCCUGCAGAUGGUCCCUCUCUCCCUGGCUUGGAUUUUGCUCCUCCAAAAAGUCUCGUGUUGCUUUUCAGUACAAACCUGAACAGAUCAUGAUGAACUAUGCAGUUACAGGGUAAAGCUCUGCUAAAACUGAAAGUGCAUGUAUUGGUUAUGCUUCAAACUUUAGAAAGUGCAGCUGAAGCUUAGGAAAAUAUGUAUUUUAGGGACUUUUCUUUUUAAUUGUCAGCUCACAAAGUCAGUGCACCAAAAGAUAACUUCUUCCAGCACUCAGUGAAGAAGCAGCUGGGAAUUCACAGCACUCAGCUGGGCAAAGCCCCUGUCUCUGGGAAUCUCUGGAAAUGCCACUUGGUGGGCAUUAGGAGCAAAGCAGAGUGAUCCCAGCCCUUGGGCAGGGGCUCUGAGGGCACCUGUGGGGCCAAGGGGCCAGGCCAGCCAGGGAGGCUGAGAGCUGCAGGGCAGCCCUGGGCAGCAGUGGGAGCAGGGCUGGGGAACAAUUCUGCUGAAAGAAUUCUGCUGAAAGAAUUCUGCUGAAAGAAUUCUGCUGAAACAAUUCUGCUUUGACCCAGAGCUGUCCCUGUGACCCCCCAGGGAAGCUGGGAACCUUCUGCAGGAUCCUCUUCCUGGGCAUCUUUGGGGAAGGAGGGACAGUGGUACCUCCUACAAACAGAAAAGCAUUGGAAAGCCCCAGAAGUGCAGCUGGAGGAAGAAUUCUAAACAAAGAAACAAAGAGGGAACAACCUUCUCCCUCAUCAACUCUGAGCACCAUCUCAAUAUUCUGACAUAUUUGAAAAUAUUUGACAAUAUUUUCAUCCCAGACUGGAAGGAAAACAUGAAAUGGCACCAUUCAGUGGAGAAUCACUUUUCAAUUCCCAAGCUACAUGGGAAUGCCUUCUUUCAGAGGAGUUUCACACAGAAGCAAAUCCACAGCCCUGCCAACACAGCUGUCAAAAACUUGUACCACAGUGCUGUAAUUACCAUAAUUAGCCAGCACAGGGGUCUGGGGGAGUGAACACUGUGCAUAUCAUUACCAGGGUACCUGUUCCAAAGGAUAUUUUUGAUUUUUCAGAUGAUCAAAGCUGUCUUUUUCUUCCAGGCAUGUGGGUUUAUUUUUUCUUUGCAAUAUUAACAGCUUCCUUGUAGUCACAACAUUAUUUCACAACUUAUUUCUUUUUUUAUCCCUAAACCACAAUUGUACUAAUAACCUAAAUAACACCAAAUGUUUUAAAAUACAGAAGCAGAAGCCAUGAAUUGAGGUUUUUACUGAGGUGAUUUUAGUAGAUGAAAUCUAAGGAAUAGAAGCACUUACUGCUAAGCAAUACUAAUCAAUUAUUUAUUCCCAAGCACAUGUUUUAAAGAGUAGUUUGUUAUUUUCAGAUUAGAAAGCAUGCCAGGGAAUUUUCAGUUCAUCUUUUCCCUUGAUAUUGUCUCUAGGUAGAUUGUUAAAUUCCAGUAUGAAUUUCUACAUUGAUAAUAGUAUUGCAGCUCUGUGACUGGUGGGUUUUGUACAUGCAAGGAUUUGUUCUUAGAGCAUACCAAUCUGGUGUUGGUAGGUGUCUUGGAGACUUUAAAUAAUUCAUGGUUUGUGAUACAAAUGUGUGUUUUCAACACAAAUUGUUGGUUUCUGUUCCAUUAACCCUGUAACUUGCUGCAAACACCACCUGAGAGCAGCCUGUAACUGCCCUGCUUGGAAACAUGCAGGAUGUUGUAGCUGUAAAUAAAAAUAUUCUCCUGUGGUACCUCCCCAGCCUCAUCUCCUGAGCAGCUCACCAGCACAGCCCUCACACCAUUCCCACACUGGGCACCAAAGGGACAGCAGCUGCACCUGACCUGUGCUGCCCAACAGCUCCUCUGGCCAAAUUGCUGGAUAAUACCAUCCAGGUGACACCAGUUUUAUGAAAAACACACAGAAAAGGCCACACACACACCAGCACCAGCAAAACAACACCAGAAUCCCCAGAAUUCAAUUUACACUUUACUUGAAAAGGAGCUCCAGCUCCCAUUUGUUUCAAUGAGUGUCCAGCUCUCUACUUUCUGAGGUUUAUGAGCAGCUUGUAAUUUCAUUUCAGCAGGCAGGUUUGCUGCCAUUAAAAGAGAUGAUCACUUUAUAACCAUUUAUCUGGAUUUUUUUUAAACAAAGCACUGUGGCUGUGUAGCCAGCAGUACCACAGGGUGUUCAGCAAGCAGUCAAACCUUCCCUUACCUGUUUUUCAGCACUUUCAAUAAAUGAAAAAUUAGCUAAAUGACCGAAAUUCA